AACAAACAACACCUUGGACCGGCCUCGGCGACGGACAUGCUCUCUCGUCUUCCUAUUGCACGGCAGAUCCCAACUAACAGCUAGUCCGCCUAGCAGCAUGCUCCCCACGCCGCUAGCUUGCACGCAUCCGCCCACAGUAUUCAACCACGCUAAUCCAAGCCACUUCCGGCCGCCCAGGACUUUCAACCUACUCGCGUACACGGCUGCCGCCGUUUGUGACGCCCCGAGAAGCACGACUUCGGGUUGUUGGUCGAGCGCUAUGCUGAUGCUGCACGGCCAGCGCAGCACGCACACUGCUACCCUUCAACCCAUUUUGGCCUCCACUUGCCACUGGGGAUGCUUACCCAGCAACACCCAAGUGAGUAAGCCGUACAGGAAUUUCCAGAAACGCACCGUCCAUAUGCACAUCCAUCUGGCGCGAGCCGUGCCGAACGGGUGUAAGCAACUGCCUGGCUUGAGGCCACUGCCUUGCAUCUCGCCACUUUACCGAGCAACCAUCGCCGACGACGACGAUGACGACUAAACUACGCAGCGGGGUGCGGUGUGGAUACUCGCCACUGCCUCCGUUGGCAGUUACAUCGUCCUUUGCCUCG